UUAUUCAGAUUGGUUGUCUACACUGAGGAAAGUGGCAAUUUCUGUCACACAUGCAGCGUCAGAUUAAGAGAUAGCAUUGAGGAAUACAACCUAAUGAUGUGUUCUUGUGUAACUGCAUCUAAAGGGCAGUAUGUCUUGAUAUGUAAAAGUUGUGUUUAAAGUUAAUGGAAAGCAUUCACGGGAUGAGCAAUGCAAUUUUCCAGUUUCUUCAAGCAAGUGUGAUCUGUGAUACAUGUUAGGGAAAAAAAAGCCAUCAUCUGCUAAGAAAUGCAUGAAUAGUUCAUUAAUCUGCUGAUCCAUUUGGGAGCAUUACGGAACUCAAGGCCCAGAACAAUGGGCUGUAUUUAAUAUUGAACAGGUUCUUGAUAACCCGCCAUUUAUCUCCAUAGCUGCUUGAAGGUUCCUCCUGAACCUGCAGAGUUGCGGUAGCAGUUCCCGUGAAGUUGUAAGCUACUACCCAGCAUUAAGUGCUGUUAAAUUGAGAAGUCAUCCUGAUCACUUGACUAACGGUGAACCCCGAUUUAAGAACUUCCAAGUCUACCCCUCGCCAUCUCUCUCUAAAUUUGUAGACGCAGCGCACCGCUCGCCCUGGGGUCACCACCGAAGCCUCCUGGUGGAGCCCUGCUCUGCUGAGGUCGCUCUUCCAGCACGGAACUCACCACCAAAAAGAGAAGGCGUCCAGCUGGCGACCGCCCCGGGCACAUUGCAGUAAAUGCCUGGCAGCGACUUCUCGCUUCUCACUCCUCCUACCCCAUCGACCCUCUGCUGCCGACCUUUACGCCAAACUCCGGCGCGCCGCGAGACUCGCGUCCUCGCUGUCCCCGAGGGGCCCCACCCCUUCCCGGUUCUAACCUGCGACCUGGCCAGAGGCAAGGUGAAUGGGAAGAUGGAGAUGGAUGUUGAGGGAGUUUCUCCGCGCCCGGAGCCCAUCCCCCGCUCCCAGGGGGUUGGCGGAGCCUGCCAGGCGCCGCCACAGCCGCCCCAGCCCCAGCCGCCGCCGCAGCCGCUGGCUCAGGAUGAACUGCCCGGCGAGAGUGCCGGAGCUGAGGACAGCGACGAUCCCGAGACGAGACCCAACGGCGAGAAAGGAGAGAGCAAGAGAACUUCAGCCAAGUCUUCAGGUGCUCCUUCCUAUAGCAGAUGGUCCAGUUCACAGCCACAUCAGUCUAGCUCUACAGUGAGAGCCUAUCAAACUAGUAAGUCACGAGUGACCAUGAGCCCUGGCUUCAGCUCCCAGUGGAACAGCAGCCAGCCAGCCUGGAAUACCUACUCCUUUCCAAGAGCAAGCCUGCACUACCAGUCCCAUGCCAGCUAUACCUACUGUACUGGACACCCUGCUGUAAGUACCUCAUUUCUCUGUAUUUUGAAAAUUGGAUGUUUAUGCAGUUACAUGUUGAAUCUAGAGUGGGUAUCUAUUAAUUGGGCUGUUUUUCUAAUACUAUAACUCUUCUAAGGUAAGAAUGUGCUGCUCUUGAGUAAAAGAGAUAAGAAUUUUAAAAAGUCUUUUAAGUGUUUAAGUAACAUGUGUUUGGAUGGUUGUCGCUGAAAACUGAUAUUGCACUAGAAGUUAUUUCUAAGAUGUAGUGUUGGUGUAGAGAAUGGAUGCACGUCUAUCUCUAGUUUUAUUCUUCUGGUUUCCUUCUGACUGUUGCAUACGAAUUUAGUUGGUUGCUUUUGUGCUGAGACAGGGUGUCUUUCAAAAUGGCAUAGAGAAACCAGUGAGGGGGAGAUCCUGAAUGUCCCCACUUUCAUCAGUGACCUCGUUGACUUAUUUAUACAGACAUAAAUAUGUGGAAAUAGAUUCAUCAGUAGGGUAUUUUCCAGUUACUGUUACACAGACAUCUGAGGUUGUUGGCUUAGAUGACUCAAAGGGCCAGGAAAAUAAACCUCUAGAGGGGAAAAAUUAAUUCAUGGAAUUUGAGGAUCUUUCAGAAUAGGGUGCCUGUUUCACCAAUAUGUUUUUCUGUGUUUCGAUUCAAUCCUUACGAAAUAAAAUGUUUGUUUUAUUGCAAAUUACUUUUUGCAUACUUGAAAAACGUCAUUAUUAAUGUUGAUUAGUAAGAUUUCUCUUUAUUGCUAAGAACACAUGCACAGGACUCCCAGAAAAUGAAAGACCUUUGAAAGUGAAUCACACAUGCCUCUCAUAGCCAAUCGUCUAAUUGGUGAGUCACAGUAGGCAUGAAUUCUGCAGCCAUUUCAUUCAGAAGACCUGUCAGACUUCAGCUGUCCUGUUUGCAUUUUAAGGUUAUGGAAUUAUAAAGUACACAGGGCUUCGAAGUUGACAGAAUGUGUCUCAAAUAUCAUGUCAUAAUUUCACUUAAAAGAAGACUCAAGGAAUUCACUUAAAACGUAAAUUCAUAUGACUUUGUUCAUAGACAAUUUGGAAAUAACUAUCAAAGUUUAAAUUUGCACAUACUUUUAACUCAAUAAUUAAACUUUUGGCAUUUAAUUGGACAUGUACAGGAUAUAUGCACAAGGAUAGUGUUAACAACCAUUUUGAAAUUACUUGGACCUAAAUAACCAUAUUUUCUUUUCAUUUAUCUUUUAACAAUUUAUUAAGCAUUAUUAACCAUUUAAUAUGUUUCAGUAUUUUUCUAGGUGAAAUAAACACAAGAGUGAACAAGACUAAGUCUUGCUCUUAUGGAACUUCUGUUCUAGAACAUGGGGAAGUUAGUUAUUAUAUAAAUAAAUAUUAUAAAUAGAUACAAAGAAGCAAACAGAAAAGAAAAUUAUACAACGAUGUUAUUUGCUAAGCAAAAUAAAUUCUACAGAGAGACUUAAUAAAUUGAAGUAACAGAGAACAACUGAGUGGCUACGUGAGAUUGUGUGGUCCACCAAGUUCUCAUUCAGUAAGCUGGUUUUAUCCAAGACCUGAAUGAAAAAGAGAUAUAACUAGGCAGAGUUUGGGAGGAUGUGCAUUCUAAGCAGAGGAAUCAGUGUGAAGGAUCUAAGGCAGUAAUGAGCCUUGUUCCCUCCACAGGGAGAAAGCCACUGGAACUUAGGGGAGAAUAGAGAGAUAAACUCCGAGAAAGACACAGGGGCCACUUUAUUAGGAUUGAACAGUAGCACUUUGUAAUACCAAUAAGAAGUUUGUAUUUUAUUUAACUGUGAUGGAAAACCAUUGAAGUGUUUUAAGCAAGGAAAUGACAUGACAUAAUAUUUUUAGUACUCAGUCUGGCUGGUAAGUGGAAAAAUUCUGGUAGAGUAAUAAGAAGUAAAGCACAGAGUCAAAUUAGGAGAGUAUUACACACCUAUGUGUGACUGCAAGAAAACACUUUCUCUUGUAAUAUCCUUUGAUCCAUUUGAUGUUCAAAAUA